AUGAAGUAUUUGUUUAAGCUGUUUACUCUACGUCCAUACCGACCAUAUCCUUUUCGUUUUCUGAGUUUUGUAAAUCCGGUCGUUAGUUACAAUCUUAAACCACGACCAACACCAGCAAUCAUGAAACUUGAAAGCUCACAAUACGGUUUUAUAUUUUCUCCACAACUUACUACGGUGUUACAAGUUUUUGACAAAUACAAGUACGAAAUCAGACUUUGUGGAGGUGCAGUACGUGAUAUUCUGUUGUGCAAGACUCCUACUGAUCUAGAUUUUGCGACUACAGCUACCCCGGAUGAAAUGGUUGAAAUGAUGGAGAAAGAAAACAUUAGAAUAGUUAAUAAAGGUGGUUUAAAACAUGGAACAGUGACUACUCAUGUUGAUGGUGUUAAUUUUGAACUAACUACACUGAGAAUUGAUGUUGUUACUGAUGGCAGACAUGCUGAUGUUGAAUACACUAAGGAUUGGUCACUAGAUGCAGGACGAAGAGAUUUAACCGUAAAUUCCAUGUUCUUAGGAAUGGAUGGCACCAUAUAUGAUUAUUUUGAUGGAUAUGAAGAUUUGAAAAAGCGUCAAAUAAGAUUUGUUGGUGAUCCCAAAUUGCGCAUCACUGAGGAUUAUUUGAGAAUUUUAAGGUACUUCAGAUUUUAUGGCCGUUUGGCUACUGCACCCAACCUUCACGAUGAAAAUAUACUUGAAGCAAUACGAGAAAAAGGUAGUGGUCUCAAAAAUAUAUCUGGUGAACGGAUUUGGUCAGAACUUCAUAAGAUUUUAGAAGGAAAUUAUGCAUCCGAUAUUAUCAAAACUCUUUUGAAUUUAGGCUUAGGUCCAUAUAUCGGUCUUCCAGAUCACCCUAAUAUAGACGAGUUUGAUAAAGUUAUUAAUCGAAGCAAAGGACUAAAAUUACUACCCAUUACUAUGUUAACACCAUUCUUAAAAGAUAUGCAAGAUAUGAUUGAACUAAACAAUCGAUUAAAGUUUCGGGUGUUUGACAGGGACUUGGGAUUAUUCUUAAUAGAAAGUAGAGAUGAAACAUGGACACCAGACACCAUUAAAAGUAAUAAAAUAAAAAUUAUACAAAAUCCAACAAAACAAGGUGUUAUGAAAGUGUAUAUUGAACAAUUAUUGAUGUACAACAAUGAUCGAAUAAUUCUUGAAGAGUUUCAAAAAUGGACACCAUUAAAGUUUCCUAUUACAGGAAAUAUGAUUAAAAAUCACGGGGUGAAAGAUGGGAAAAAAAUUGGAAUAAUUUUGAGGAAACUUAUUGAGUACUGGGCAGAUGAUGAUUUCCAAACAGAUAUUGAAGAGUUACUAAAUUUGAUACCUAAAGCUGAAAAUGAAUUGAGCUGCAGUUUCAAAAAAUCUCAAAAAUAA